AUGCUACCGUACUUGAUACCUGGUGUUGGUCAUUCAAUUCAAUUUGUUCAAGACACGCAUAAAACUCUUGUGGGAGCACGGAGCUACUUCUCCCGGAAGUCUCAACCAUUCAGCGUCUAUAUUGGUGGACGCCGUACUUAUGUUGUCAUGGACCCUCGCGAUAUUGCUGAGACCUAUAAAAAGACAAAGGAGCUGAAUUUUGACGCUUUUGUUAACCAGGUCAUGGGCUAUGUCGGCGUAUCUGAUCAUGCCAGAAUGACCAUGUGGUCAACAUCGGUGCCUUCCACAAACCUGUCGGUCCCAAACUCAAUUCGAUCCUGGGUAAGACAGGAUCUACAACGAGGUCCAGCGUCUGAACCGCUCUAUGCCGAUUUUCUCAAAGAGCUUGAUCAGACUCUCCUAGCAACUACCGGAAACGGCUCGGCAGCCCGCCAGUCAUUGCUCCGGUGGACGGGCGAUAUCAUUGUGACUGCCUCUACAAACGCCCUUUUCGGCCCAAUCUGCCUUCAAAAUGCUCCUGAGCUCCUAGAGGCAUUUCACAUGUUCAACCAUCACGCGUGGAAACUCCUCUUUCAAUAUCCAAGAGUCUUGUCUGCAACGGCUCAUGACGCCAAGGACGGUUCUGUAGGUGCACUGACCAAAUACUUUGAGCUCCCCAAGGAACAACGUCAAGGGGCAGCCAACUUCAUUCUUCAAUCAGAGGACGAAAUGAGGCGAAACGGAAUCGGCUCAAGAGACAUUGCUGCGGUUCUUUUUAAAUUGUAUUGGGCCAUCAAUGGCAACCCAUCCAUCCUUGCGUUUUGGUUUCUUGGACAUAUCCUCUAUAGUCCGAGAAUAAUGACAGACCUUCGCGCUGAAGUUGCGCCAGCAUUUGAGGAGAAUGGCCCCAAGGCACAGUCAGACCUCCAAGUUUUGCUUACACAAUGCCCUAAGCUGAAUGCAGCGUUUUACGAGACGAUGCGUAUCCACGGUGGUGCUUCUACAUUCCGUCGCGUCGUCCAAGACACUGUCGUUGCUGGCUACGAGUUCAAGGCUGGCUGCGAUGUCAUGAUGCCAUACCGCCAACUCCAUCUCAACGAGGACUAUUGGGGCCCCAAUCCUGAGAGAUUCGACAUUCAGAAAUUCGUGGAUGAUCCGAAGUUGGCAAUGGCCAAGACCUACAAGCCGUUCGGAGGAGGUGCAACGUACUGUCCUGGGAGAUUUCUGGCGCAGCAUACAGCUUUGAGCUUCAUGGCGACUAUCCUCACUCGCUUCGACAUUCAGGUUGUUGGAGGAUUGCAGAGUCAGAAGUUCCCAGAGAUGGAUGACAAAAAGCCUACCUUGGGCAUUAUCUCUCCCGUUCCGGGUGACGAUGUCGAAAUUAGCGUCAGAGCUGCAGUUUGA